AUGCCUAGGGAGGGGGAAUACUAUUUCAUGCACCCGGGACAUGUCACCACGGCGGCUAUCGCUCUGUCGGUUCUCGAUGUUGUUGCGGUCGCACUGCGGUUCUGGGCACGCAGGGUCCAGAGCCAGCCGCCGAAAACGGAUGACUGGCUCAUGAUACCAGCUAUGCUCUUAACGGUUGGGAUAAGCAUCUCGCAGGUUUACGGCGUCGCACAUAUGGCACUCGGAUACCGAAUCCAAGUACCACCAGGAUACACGGGAAGCACAAACGACCUGGUGACGCCGCAAUUGACUCUCAAAGCCCAAAUCGAGUGGUCGUACCUCCUCAUGUUCCCCAUCGCCCUGGGCUGCAUGAAGGCGAGCUUCCUCUUCUUCUACAUGCGCGUCUUCGCCGUCCAGAAGCACGGCUUCAUCAACAAGCUCUUACUCGGCUUCAUCGUGGUGGUGGUAGUAUGGGCACUCGCCUUCUUCUUCUUGAGCCUCUUCGAGUGCGAUGGUAACUUUGGCGCUAUAUGGGGCGCGACGAGCACGUUUAUGAAGAAGUGCGGAAACACGGAACUUGUGGUCCUCGCCCUGUGCAUCACCGACUUUAUCACGGAUGUUUUUAUCAUGGCUAUUCCGGUUCCGUUGGUUAUGCGAUUGCAGUUGCCUGCGAAACAGAAGAUCGCAGUCUGUUCUAUGUUUCUCUUAGGGGGAGGAACUGUCAUAGCAUCCUUGGUCCGAUUCAUUCUCAUGGCUGGGACUUAUAUAGGAGGUAUCAACAUUACCUCUGAUAACAUUCUUGGAACGACAGCAUGCAUGUACUGGGGCAUGGUCGAGUGCGGCAUUGGCGUCUUUGCAGCAUGCCUCCCGGCCAUUCGGUUCCUCUUCCAGAAAUGGGUUUGGGAGCCGGCUGUCAACUCUACGAAGUCCAAGUUUAGCUCUCAGUCGUCAGGGUCCAUCGAGGCUCAAAAGAACGUUAUUCACGUCGAUCACAGCUACGACGUCGCGUAUCGCAGAAUCAAUAGCUCUGGUCAAUCGACGUCGUCUGUGUGA